UUAACUCUUCGCCUCCCCCAUUCCGAUCCCCCUUCCUCUCCGCCUUAGGUGGCAGGAAAAUCCUUUACCUCCGACCAAUCCCACCGAUGCCGAGCCGCGCGCGCGCGCCAACUCGAGCUCCGUCUGUGCACGCCAUUGGCCACCUCCACCUAUGCGGGGUGACGGGCAGCUUCGCGGACCUAUCGCCGAGGGAGGCGGAGGCCUCCAGCCCUCCCAAAGCUGCUUUGUUAGGGGCUCCCUGGUCGUCCCCCGGCCCGCCGCACCUCCGCUGCCUGCGGGAGAUCUCCCCGGUCCCCGCUGUCGGAGCCUCGCAGGAAGGCAUCCCCGGAGCACGCGCCACCCGCGCCCCUCCAGCCGCGCGCUCCGAGCCGGGCUGCGGCGCGGAUACCCGGCGUGCGCCCGUAGUCGCUCACCAGCCCAACUCCGAACGCCCCGCUCCUGCAUCCGCCGCCUCGGAUUGGCUGGCCGGAGGCGGAGCGAUUGUCAGGCGGCCCAAUCGGAGCUCGGUUUCCCACGGGCUCCCGCUGCCCGGCCCCCGAGGCCGCCGGCGGAGGCGCCCUGACAGCUCCCAUUGGCAGACAGCGAGCGGGUUCGAGCCUGGCCGGCAGAGCAGCGCCGCCGCCGUCGGGCGCGCAGCUCUGCAGCUCCGCAGCUCCGCGAACGCCUUGGCGCCCGCAGCCCCAGGGGCCCGGCGGCCCCGCAUCGUGCCCGGCCCCGUCGCGGAGAUCCCGGACGACCGUCGCGGGUUGAUGGUCGCGUUCCAGAUGUAAACAGCUUCAGAAGCCUGACCAUCAUAUGGUGAACAGUUUACACUCUCAUAUACGCCCUGUCACGUGCUUUGAAGGACUUUCUAGGGGCAUCAAGGGUACUAUGCCAAGUGCUGAAGAUUUAGAAAGAUGGGAGACACAGCCCGGGCAUGGUGGCUCAUGCCUGUAAUCCCAGCACUUUGGGAGGCCGAGGCGGGCAGAUCACGAGGUCAGGAGAUCGAGACCAUCCUGGCUCACAUGGUAUGAAACCCUGUCUCUACUAAAAAAUACAAAAAAUUUUGUAUUUUUCCUGAUCACUAUCCUGAGUGACUGCCGUGUUUGAACACUAGAUCUGGGGUCCUCGAAUUCUGGCCUGAGGGACCAAAUUGCACUGAUUCUUGUAAGAUCCUUGAACUAAAAAUGUCUUUUACAUUUUUAAGCAGCUGGGGGAAAAAGAAGAAUAAUUGGUGUCAUGUGAAAAUCAUGUGAAAUUCAGAUUUCAGCAUUCAUUAAUAAAGUUUUAUUGGAACAAAGUCAGUUUCAUUUACUUACUGUCUUUGGUUGCUUUUACAUAACAAGGGCAGAGCUGAACAGUCACAAUAGAGAGUAUAUGGCUCGCAAAGGGUAAAAUAUUUAUCUGGUUCUUUAAAGAAACACUUUGCCCACUCUGGACUGUGCCAUUACUCAGCAGUUAUGGUGUGGUUGGCCUGUCCUCUGUCCUUCCUCCUCCAUCAACACACACCCACUCAGUUGCAACUGCCACCAUUCUUUAUUCAGUCUGUCCGUUUGUCCAUCCAUCCAUCCAUCAGUCCAUCCAUCCGUCCAUCCAUGGUCCCUGGCCAUCAUGGUGUCAGCUGUUCCAAGAUUUGUUAACAGAGAGUAUAGAACUCUUAUUAUUAAUGAUUCCUAUAGGUAGAGCUGCUCUUUCCUCUCCAUCCGUGGCUGAUAUCUCCGUGCUUUCUCCAUUCUACCGUCACGGGCUCAAACAUAACCUCCUCCACUCCCCCACACCCGCUUCAGUUGCUGGGGUCAUUCAUUGGCUCCCUCUGCAGAGGCUUGAGUGUAAGUGAGGUAUUCAGCAGAGGUCUUUGGCGGGUUUCUCAUCUGAUCACAAUCUUAGUUUGAGAAACGGAGCCUCAUUCAUUAAGCUGUAAGAGAACUCUCUACAAGCAAUUUUAUUUUUAAGUAGCCCUUUUGUUAACAAGUUUACUCCACUUGGGAUGCUUUUUUAGUUUUGGUGGCCCACAGAAAUCUGAAACAGUGCAGUGCUGGGGCCUCUAAUCUGUCUUUAGGAACGGGGGAUACCGUGAAGUUCACCAUGCAAUUACUUAAGAAAGCUCCUGGCUAGUGCUCCUGUGAAUGUGUUUUUACCUUCCUGUAAAAUGCUGAACUCACAGACUUUAUUACUGGGAUAAUGGAGAAAUGUAUAAAUUCAAUGCAAGUGACACCAGCAAGCCUGCGUGUUGGGUAGAGAUGUCCUGGGGCCGUUUUGUCCUGCACUUUUCUUCAUGGGUGUUUCUUUCUUGAAAUUGAACACCACUGAUCUCUCUUUAAGCAAAAUGCUUCAGCAAAUAUACAGGAAGAGCCCCCCCUCCUUUUCUUCCUGUGGUUUCAUUGCAUGUUGUGUGGUUUCAGAGGUACUUCCUUGGGUUGCCCCCAGCCAACCAGAGUUUCCUCAGAACCAGAGAGCUUUCUUUUGGAAGAGCUCGAAGAUUGUAAUCUGGAUGCUAGCAAAGCGUCUCCAGCUGCUCCAUUUUUAAUUCUUAAUUUGGGAGUGAUCAGCGGUUUCACAGAAGAGAGAAAAAUCUAAGACAUUCAUCGUGUGAUCAUUCAGCAUUUGGAAAAGGGAAAAGGAGGACUGAAUGAGGUAAUAAACAAGGAUGUUAAUCAAGGAGAAGACAUGUAAGGUGCAGUUUUAAAAGACAUCAUUAGAGGAAGCUUAGGGGACUAACAAGAUGUUUUUGCACAAAUAUGUGGUAUGGAGGAGUGUUGUGGAUCACAGGAGCAGAUCUCCUCUGCUUCUUACCCCUGCAAAACAACAUCAGCAAUGAAAUCAUUUAAAAAACACAGAUAAAAACAAAAUCCCGGUCCUGUUAGAAUGUUGGAUUGUAAGGAUCAGAAACCUAAGUUGAUUUAGGGCCAAAGUGGAAAUACGUUUGGCUGUGUACCAAUCAGGGUAAGGCUGGGGUUAGGGGACAGUUGGACCCGGGAAAGUUAACACAAUCAGAUGCUCUCUGUCUUUCAUCCCUGUUUUCCCUGGAUCAGAUUAGUUCUUCUCAGGCUAGCUUACAUCCGCAGUUUUAAAAGAAAAAAAUUCCCAAGGAAGUUCUCUGAUUAGCUAAUAUCAAUCGUGAACCCACCUCUGGACCAAUCACUGUGUACAGGGUUUGAGGUUCAACGACAAUCCCAGCUGGAUCCUGUGCCCAUCGUGUGGUUAAGGAUGGUGGAACAAGUAUGGAGGUACAGUACAGAGGAAAACAAUUACAAAUAAAGGGGGAAAGGAAUGGUCUCUUCCACCAAUCCUAUGCAGAAGAAACACCCAUCAGAGAACGCGAUGUCCUGUUCUGUAGGGCAUCCUAAUCAGAAAAUACAGUGAUGAACUGCCUCACAGUGUAAGCAAGAAUGAGAAUGAGCACUCCCUGCCCUAAGGGGGAUGGACUAGCAUUGCUUUAAAAAUAAUUGUCAGCUGGGCUCAGUGGUUCAUGCCUGUAUCCCAGCACUUUGGGAGGCUGAGG